GAAUAUGCUACCAAAUUAUAUUCAAAAUAACCCUUGGAACAUCGUGGGCUCAUAAAACGACACAACACAAAGCUCCAAAUAUCCCAGCCGUUCAAACAGCGCGGGGGGAAUGCCGAAGAACACGACGACUUGGCCCAUCCCAACUUCCAAAGCAAAGAAAGAGGAGCCAAAGGAGCAAGUUUGCGCUGUGCCGUGCUUGCAUGCUUGCUAGUCGCAUGGUGGAAACAGUGGCAGCUUUCGCGGAUCAUCGUCAGCCAUGGCCGCUGCUUCACGGGUUGUCGUGCAAGAGCUCCUGGAAGCCGCAAACUUAGUCGCAAGUCACCACCAGCAAGCGUACCUGGGUCCGUGCCAGAGGAAGACCUUGACGGUGAUUCUGCGAAGAGUGAGGUUGAUGCUCCCGGUGGUAGAAGAGGUAAGAGACGGGAAUUUGCUCCUCCCACCCUCGGCUGUGAUAGCGUUCCAGGAGCUCCAUUCGGUCAUGCUCCGGGCCGGGGAGCUCGCCGACGAGUUGCGAGAGUCGAGCCAGCUCUGGCUCCUGGCCGAGUGUGAGCUCUACUCCACCAAAUUGUUUGAGCUGUCCAGGGACAUGGCCGCUCCACUGUCGAUGCUUCCGCUCAGCCUGCUGGAGCUUCCCAUCGAGAUCAAGGAGCAAGUCGAGCUGCUAAAGCUGCAAGCCCGGCGCUUCAAGCUGUUUGUGGAUCCUGUGGAGCUCGACUUGCAGGCCAAGCUGCUGGAGCUGCUCAAGGAGUUUGAGAAGAAGAGGACUCCCAGCAGUGACCGGAUCGAGGAGCUGUUCAAGCGACUGUUGCUCACCAGUGCCAAGGAGUGCCAGAGAGAGCUCGAGCAGCUGCGAAAGCUUGCGUCAUCCUCCUCCUCCACCACCUCGACGACGACGACCCGGUCCUCCCUGAGUAGAAAGUCGUCGUCCAGGUCACCAAAGGCUUGCCGGAUCAACAGCCUCAUCAGCUUCCUGUGCUUCUCGAGCUGCGUCCUCUACGGCAUGGUCUCUGAGGAUCCCGUCCAAGAACACGCUCUCGACGUCGAGGAUGACGAUGAGGCCCAGAAGCAAUUGGUGACGAGCUUGAGCUUGAGCAGCAGCAGCAUCCCCGACGAGUACAAGUGUCCCAUAAGUUUGGAGCUGAUGAGAGACCCGGUGAUCAUUGCCACCGGCCAGACGUACGACCGAUCGUCGAUACAGAGGUGGGUCGAGGCCGGUAAUAUAACGUGUCCCAAGAGUGGCCAGAAGCUCAUCCACAUGACGCUCAUCCCAAACUUUGCGUUGCGGAGCCUCAUCGCGCAGUGGUGCGAGAAGAACAAGGUACCGUUCUGGAUGUCGGGGAAGGACUCGAGAGCUACAGUUGGUGUCGACCACAUUGCAAAUGCUCAGGCCACGAUAGCAGCGGCUAGGAUGACGGCCUCGUUUCUGGUUGGAAAGCUGGCCAUGGGACCUCCAGAUAUUCAAAGGCAGGCUGCGUACGAGCUCCGGCUCCUGGCAAAGAUAGGAAUGGAGAACAGGAGGUGCAUUGCUGAAGCGGGAGCCAUACCUUUCCUUGUCUCGCUCUUGCUCUCGCGCGACGCAUCGGCGCAGGAGAACGCCAUCACUGCGCUGCUCAACCUCUCCAUCUUCGACAGCAACAAGAGCCUCAUCAUGACUGCUGGAGCUCUGGAUCCCAUCGUCGUCGUGCUUUGCAACGGCCACAGCACCGAGGCGAGGGAGAAUGCCGCUGCCACCAUUUUCAGCCUGUCAACCUCGGAUGAAAACAAAGUCGCAAUCGGGAACAAAGGACAAGCUAUACCUGCGCUCGUGGAGCUCUUGCAAAAGGGGACGCAGACCGGGAAGAAGGACGCCGUGUCUGCGCUGUUCAACCUCUCGCUCCUCGACGAGAACAAGGAAAAGGUGGUGCAAGCCGGCGCGGUGACAUCGCUGGUGGAGAACCUGGAGCAGUACAUGGACGACGAAGGCAACGCCGAGUUGCUGGAGAACUCGCUGGCCCUCCUGGGCCUGCUUGCAGCUUCCGAGCCCGGCGCCAAGUCCAUUGCACGAUCCUCAGCUAUGUCGUUUCUGGUGAGAAUUCUCGAGUCAGGAUCACCAAGAGAGAAGGAAAACGCAACAGGAGUACUGCUUGCCUUGUGCCGAGGCGGUGAUCACUCCGUCGUGCGGUGCCUUCUGACUGUUCCUGGAAGUAUAACAGCACUACACUCGCUUCUGGCCAGCGGGUCUUCACGAGCCAAGCGGAAGGCUACAUCGCUCAUGAAGAUCUUACAAAACUGGGAUCCUUCAAACAAAGAUUCUCCUGGUCGUCAAUGAAAACCA